AUGACAUCCAGAAAUUUCAUUUUAGUCUUUUUAUUGAUUCAGACAGCAGCUGCUCAAAUCCCAAAGUCAUUUGCCGGCGCCAUUGCGGUCCCAGGAACUCAUGUCUCCCUCAUUCGACUACUCGACAAUUUUGCCGCUUCAUGUACUAAAGAUAAAAAUGGACUUGCAAUCGAUCAGCUCGCCGGGAUAAUGAAAAGUUUCAAUGCGGAAGACGUAGUCAAAAAGAUUUACGAUUCUCUUUUCUCAUCGAUUGGAGAUGUUGAUCUGGAAAAGCUCGAGGGAAACUGGUAUACAAUUGUUGAUUCAAGCGAUGUACACCCUGAGCCAUGCAUAAAAACCGAGAUUCAAAUCAUUUCUCGAGCGCCAUUCACCGGCACAUUUGCUGUGAAAACUACAACUUACACGGGUAGUGAGAGCAAAGUCUAUACUGGCUUUGGAACCCAAACUGGCCCAGAUCCGGGCGAGCUUCUGAUAGCAACUGGGCACCCGAGAGAACGAUGUCCAUAUCUACCCGUCAAAGUCUUUGCUUCGUCCCCUGGCGCCCCUUACGAAUACAUCGUUUUAUCACAGCCGCUUAAACAUCCAACAAUGGUUUGGGCACGAAGAUCCGAAAUUCUCGAGACUCGACAAAAAGAGAUCAAUGAUUUCCUUGAACGACAUGGCUACAUGAGUCCCAUCACCGCUUUAAAUAGUCGAUUGCAAUUUACAAACGUUUCAUGGUGCGGUUUUCAA